AUGGUGAAAGAGAAAAGAAGAAUUGAUAAGUGCUUAUCGAUCCCCUUUGCUUUCCUUUGUGUACUUAAAGGCUUCCAAAAGGACCACCUAACAGGGAAUCAAAGUUUUGUAAAUAGAACCCACGGCGACGUCGAAAUGUAUGUAUGCUUCAAUCUUGUGUGGGUUAGGGGUAGAAGAAAUGAUGGGAUUGGUCGAACUAAGGAUGGUUAG